AACAACAAUCAGGGCGCCUGAUGUUGUGAUUUUCCCGGGAGAUCCUGCUUAGUCUGCGACAUGUAUCAAAACGGGGAGGCGUAUUUUCCCAAGAGGAAGAAAGUUCCCAAUCGCUUUAUGUAAGUGACGCUCCACACCUAAAAUCCUGGAGGAGUUGGAGUGUGGCUAGUAGUAAGAUUGCCUCCCCUCAUUGCUGGUGGAAUGAUUAGAAUGCUCAUUUAGAAUGAUGGCAUUAUUAGAAUUCCAAAUAUAAGGAGUACUUAAAUAAAUCCCACCAGUUCAUUAUUGUAUGCAUAUUAUAUACAUAUAUAUAAAAUAAUAAUAAAAAAAAAAACCUCAGUGUUCUUGGAGAAAAACCUAUGUAGAAAAUGACCCAAGGUUAUAAAACGUUUUUACUAAUUGAUCCAAAACAAAAACACUAUUAAUAGUGGGGAAAAGUUUUUUGUUUUUUUUUAAAUACAUUACUAUGAUGAUCUUACUGUAUAGCACAGUGAAAUCCUUAUACAGAUACAAUAAUAGAUAAUAUCUAAUGUGUAAUAGGUUUUACUGUAUGAAUUAAAGGGGAAGCAUGCCAGUUUUACAAGCAAUUGUGAUGAUGAAAAAGGGGAAUAUGUACAAAUGGGACCAAAUAGAGAGGUAGGCAAACCGCAUGCGAAGGCUAGGUGUUGUGGGACUUGUAGUUUUGUAACACACAGAGAGACACCUGUUGCUCAUUCAGGUUUAGGUUCUAUGAGAAACUAACUAUAAUAUUAAUAAUAAAGUAAACAUUAUGUAAAGUAAACCGUCAUUAUCGCUAUAGGAUAAUACUCGAAACAAUGAUCAAUUUCAUAGUAACUCUGUAAAUAAACAUUGCCAUAGGGAGAGAGAGAGAGAGACACACACACACACAUAUAUCAUUCAUUAACCUGAGUGAAUUCCAUCCGGACUAAAUGAAGGCCAAGAUACAAAAAUGUUUGAAAUACAAAAUGUAAUAAAUAUUUAAAGCCAAACAUUCUUAGACUUUGCAGUACAGCCAAGAAAAUGUAUGAGCUUAUAAAAGGUUCACCAGUAUAUACUACAACCAAAGUGUUUAAAGGAAAAAAUUAACUUUUAAUGAUGAAAUCAUUUUUUCAAUAUGUUACUAUAACAACCUCAUAAUGUAACACGCUGAAAUCCAUAUACAGAUACAAUUACGCACAAUUAUAUUUAAUUGAUUAUAUGACACCAGCUAAGUGAGUUUUUCCACUUUGACGCAAAAUGUUUAAUUAUCCACAUAGUUACAUAGUUACAUAGCUGAAAAGAGACUUGCGUCCAUCAAGUUCAGCCUUCCUCACAAAUGUUGUUGCUGUUGAUCCAAAAGAAGGCAAAAAACCUGGUCUGAAGCGCUUCCAAUUUUGCCACAAACUAGGAAAAAAUUUCUUCUUGACCCCAAAAUAACAGUCAGAUGUCUCCUUGGAUCAAGCAGCCAUUACCCCACUAAUUAGAAAUGAUAUCCCUGUAUGUAAUGUUUUUGUAAGUAUUUAUCCAAUUUCAGUUUAAACAUCUGUAUGGACUCUGACAAAACCACCUAUUCAGGCAGAGAAUUACAUAUCCUUAUUGUUCUUACUGUAAAAAAACCUUUUCUUUGCCUUAGAUGAAAUCUCCUUUAUUCCAGCCUAAAUGUGUGACCUCGUGUCCUAUGUAUAGCCCUGUUUAUGAAUAGAUUUCCAGAUAAAGGUUUGUACUGGCCCCGAAUAUAUUUGUAUAAAGUUAUCAUAUCCCCUCUCAGGCGCAGUUUUUCCAAACUAAACAGAUUUAAUUUUUUUAACCUUACUUCAUAACUAAAAUGCUCCUUUUAUCAAUUUUGUAGCUCGUCUCUGGACCCUCUCCAGUGCCAUGAUAUCCUUCUUUAGAACAGGCGCCCAAAUCAUUCACCAACACAAUCCUAGUGUUGGUGAAUAAACUCCCGUGGUCAGAAUUCAUGGGUCCCUUACAAAAAUCACAUUGUCUGAGCUUCCUGAUACACAUUACCAGACGUGUACACAGGCAAACAGAAACAUACACACAAAUAUACAUCUCAGACGUAUUCACACAUUCACACAUAGAUACACACUAAAGGCAGUGAGCAGGUAACAAGUCAAACCACUCAAAAACAUUAUGACUGCUUACAGUGGAGACGGGGACUGGACGCCAAGACACUCCUGGAACCAUCACCACUACAUCAAGCUCUAGUAGUUAUGGUGGUUGGAGAGUCCCUUUAACUAAAUGUUAGUUGUUAAAUGUGUGAUUAUCUCAGUUGUAACAAUUUUAUAUAUCUAUUGGUCUAUCUUCUCUGUCUGCUCGUCCAUCAAUCUAUCCAUCUGUUCAUCAAUGGAUUUAUAUAACCUAUAUUAAACAGAGCAAGCCCUGCUCCUAAAAGACAGCUUCCUUAUCAAUGACAUAUUUCUCUAUCUAUGGUCAGAAGUAUGUUAAUUGCAUGUUUUGUUUUUUACAGCCCUAAUACGUUUAGAAUAUUUGAUGAAAACUUGUACGAUGUACGGCAGAAAGAAGUACCCAAGAGGCAUACAGUCAGACAGCCGGAAAAGCCGUAUAUUCCAAGAUCCCCAUCCCGUAAUAACAUGCCUCAUCCAUACUACGCCAAGUGUAUCCGAGACAACGUUAGGUUUCUCCUCGAGCCAAUAACUCACAUGGAGACUGCAAGCACCAAGCACAGACAGGUAUAGCUUGUGAUAACAGGAAGCAGGAUUGGGGCGCACUGGGCGGGGUCUUUACAUGGCACAUGUUUUCUAGUAACAGGACCGGAUCCCUGAUUGACUGUCAGGGGGGUGAAACAUGAUUAAUUUAUAAAAGUGCCGUUGCACUAAAAAAGGAAGACACACACUUCACACAUAGAGCGCCUCAGCAAGCUAAAAUGCUUUAGGGUUCUUGAGUGUCCUUUUAAAGAAACUGACACGCAAAUCAUUUUUGAUUUGGAACACAAUAGUUUUGUCAGGGUUUAAUAUUUGAAUCCUAUGCUACUAGCCAUUUCUUUAAAGCUACUCGCACCCACGGCAAGUCAUAGCAUACUCACUAGGGGUGAAUUUCUACUUGCUAGGCCUACAUUUUCACUAGCCAACGGCUGUUGGUGAGUGUGAAUUUUGUGCCCGAGCUUAAGGAUACACAUUGCUACCUAGGUCAGAUCUUCCCAAGGUGGAUCAGUUUUGUUUAUUGUGAUUGUUACCCCAUUUACAGCAGUGAAUAAAUCAGUGGGGGUACGUAAAAUCCUUGUGUAACCUCUGGUGCACUUCUGUGUUGUGGCAAUAAUGGAGAGAUCAAAAAUAUGCCCACAUGUGCACUAGGAAUUUUCUCUGACAGUGCUGUAAGUUAUAUUGUGGGGCUAAACAUACCUCCAGUUGCUGUUACCAUGAUAACCACUAGAUGGUGCUUCUGCGUCCAGAACUGAGUUUGACAUGGUGGUUGAUGGUUGGUGCCCUUGCGCAUUGCAUGAGAACAUUUAAAUUUCAAUCACUGCUUCUUGUAGAGAAGCAUUGGAUUCAGUUCCUCUAAUAGGUAACAUUUGAUUGGCUCAUCACGGUGAUUGCCACACACACACAUUAAGUCCAUAAGGUUUGUCUAUGUGAAGCAUUUCAUUGGACAAAAGAGUUAUCAGGUCUGAUGAUCUUAGCGCAUAGAAUAGGCUGUCUUGGUGCUGGAAUACAGGUGAGUAAAGGGUUAAUUUAGGUUUUUUUUACAUUUUUUUUACUAGAAAGGGAAACCCUGGAAUAUAAAAAAAACUCCUUGGGGAAAAAGACGUUAUGGGGCGCUAUAUAGUGUUCCUACAAAGCACCAUAACCUACACAGUUGAUGGUAGUGAUUAUGACACAAAGAGUGUUGUUCUCCCUUAUACGUCAAACUGUUGUUGUUUUUUGGGGGGGAGGGUUUGUGUGGUUUCACAAAAACAGGUCUUUCCUGGUACUCGAGGCCUAAGCCUCUGCUGUGUCUCCGAUAAUGCAAAGGUCCCACUUGUAUUACUUGCAGCAAAUCUCUAUCAUUCAAGGUUGGACAGCUUUGGACAGAUAAUAUGUAAGUGGAGUUUUGGCAUUAUUUAUGCUACUGCAGCAUGGCUAGCGAGUCCACAUGAGAGCGAGUGGCCCCAGUGCUACUAUUCCACUGUAUCUUACAUGAGUUGACCAUGGGUCCUAGCACACUGCACUAGUAGAAUUGUGUUAACGUCAGCAAAACUGUAUCUGGAAUGUUUACAGCUGGGAAUCUCAAAACAGUCACGGGGGAUAAAUAUUUCUCAUUUCCAAAGAGGGGCAGGGCUGUAAGUAAACCUAAUGGUCCCUCAUACCAUAAAGUUUGGUAGUCCCUCAUUUAGGCACUCUUUAUAAAAACGCUAUUGGAUUUGUUUACUAAACUGAUAAUUAUGGAAAAUUUGCAAAGGAAUUUAAAUUUUUAGACCAACAACCAAACCGAAAAAAUCCCUUUCUAAUUCUCCAAAUUUCUCAGUUUAGUGAUCAGAAAUAAAUCGAAUUUUAACAUUUCUUGGACUUCCACAAUAUUGAACUGAUCAACAGAGGUUGUAUGUUUGUCAAACUAAAAGAGCAAAACAGCAUUAGUAUGUUUUAUGUGAAUUACAUAGCAGUGCGUGUUUUAUUAUCUUAGUGAUAGUAUUAGUAACAUUUUUUCACUUCUCGAAGUUGUGGUUUAUUUGUUGAAGACAGAUAUAUUAUCUCAGAAUAAAUCUCCAUAAUAAUUUUGGUUGAAAUCAAGUAAAAACCAUAGAAACAUUGGAUCGGUUACUCCUAUCAUGUUGUUUUCAGUUUUUUACUAGUGAUAAUUUAUCUAGGCAGAAUUCCAGUUUUCUGUAACUCGGCCACUAUCUAGACAAGUUGUCAAUGUACAAAUGGUAUUAUAUUUACAGAUAACAGUCAAUAACCUGGUCAUUGGUACUGCCAUGUUGCAUAUGUGUAUAGUGUAGGUUCUGUGUGUGCUUGCCUUUCUCUAUCACGGUAUGUGUGUAUUUAUAUAUUUAUAUUAUCUAACUAUUGUUCCUGUAACAUUUUGUAAUUGUCUAAUUUAUUGUUGAAUUUCCCCCUUUUAUAAUAUUGUAAAGCUCUGCGGAAUAAGUUGGCGCUAUACAAAUAAUAAUAAUUAAAAUAAGAUUUCACUAUUGAUCUCAGCAUGAUCUCACAUUUUACCUGUGCCUCUAGAUUUUUGGAAUAAUAGUAUAAAACAACUCAAAGCAGUAAUUUGUAGUGGAUUUAAUUAUAGUAUACAGUUUAAUGUAGUGAUUCUGGCAUCCAUUGCAAGUCCCUGCAGGCUUGGCAUUGUAAAUGCUGCCCUUCAAGGGAAAAGGCAGUGUUUACAUUGCUGCCUAGUAACACCUCUAGUGGCUGUCACUCAGAGAGCCACUAGAGAGACUUCCUGUUAGCAGCAUCUAUGUUCAGCUCCACUCUCCCCAUAGAGAUGCAGUAAAUCAAUGCAUCUUUAUGAUGAGAUGAUGAGAUGCCGAAUGGCCUUUUUACUUAACGGUGAGGGGGGGGGGGCCAUUUUACUAUUAACCAUGGAGUAGGUGCUUGGAGCUUGUAUGUGCAAAGCUUCAUUACCGCUUCUCUGGCAAUACAACUUUCUGGGCUUUCUAAUGAUAUAUCAGUGCAUAUUGAGUGUCUGUCAUCACAGCAUGCUGAAGACAGAUGAUUAAUGGCAGCCUGGCCCCUUUCUCCUUCCCGCCCAAGUCCUCCACCUCAGGCUGUCCUCUGGGGCGUCCCUACACUUGCAGUGAGGGGUAUCUGGCUGCCAGAGGAACUUGGCCUCAGUAUGGGACCAGAAGUAAUUAUAUUCUUUAUUUUUUUUAUUUAUUUUUUAACUUUAUUUUUGCAUUGACAGAAAGUAAGAGAGAGAUAUACUCCAAGGCUUGCUCAGAAGCCAAUGUUCACAAGUGUAUUAUACAUAGAAUUGUUCAUACUUGAAAAGAUCAUUGAGUGGUAAUGCAUUGGAGUGCUGUACCGUAGAAGUCUAUAUUCUUUAUUUUUAAUAUAAAACACUUUUGUUUUGAUUGGAGUAACCCGUAUUUGAAUGCUUUAGUACAUUUUCAAUGAAACAAAAAUAAUAUACCAGUGUUAAUGCAUAAUUUACUUACUAUUUGCUAGAGCCACCAAUAUGUUAACAUGUAUAACACAUGGCUAAUAACAUUGAUCUUUCCUGCUGCACAGACAGAGUGGUGGCCUACUGAGGCAGAGAAGCCGCUAAGUCAUAAACCACCUUUUGACAACAAGACCACGCAACGGAGUGACUUCACCCCAAUUCCCCAUUCCAGUCCUCAAACGCGACACGGUUGUAACCCGAACAAAUCAUCUCAGCCUGGUAUAGGUAAUAUUCUCUAAUAUAUGGGGCAAUGGCAGGCAUAAUUAUACAUCUGUAAUCUGUAAUGAUAAUUGAAUAUUGCUCUGAGUGUGUAACCCUAAUUUAUUGUAGGUUUAGUGAAAAUGAAUGGAAUCGAGUGGAAUGUACAGACAUUUGAGGCUGGAUUUUUGAAUAGCAAUUCAUCUAUUGAAAAUCGCUGUUCAGUAAGCAGAGUAAACCAUUACUCUGCUAAGAGAAUCCAGCCCUCAGUGUUUGAUGAUAAACUACGCAAUGAUGCUUUAUUAUCAAAAUAGAUUGUGAGCCGUUUGAAGCAAGCAUCACAUGACAUUUUGUUAUGACUAUCACAGUACAGGUGUAAGUGGCAAUCUCCCACCAUGCAGGACCGGUGCAAGGAUUCUCACCGCCCUAGGCAAGAAUCCAUUUUGCCGCCCCCUCAUGAAUGCAACUACAUUCCCUCAGAAGUUUAUUCACUAAACUCUGAAUUCCAGUGAAUAGACAUUUAUGGAAAAAGACACACUGAGUAGACAUUAAAGGGAAACUAUAGUGCCAGGAAAACACACUUGUUUUUCUGGCACUGUAGCUUCCCCCUCUGUCAAGCGCCCCUACCUUGUGGUUCAAAAAGGGUGAAAAAAAAACCUUUCGUUACUUACCCUGGUCCAGCGCUGAUGUCCCGUGCUGGCUCGGUUCCACCUUCACCCCUAAUGGCUGCAUUAGGUUUUCCCCAUAGGAAAGUAUUACACAUGCUUUCCUAUGGGGUUUUGCGUGACACUGGACGUCCCCAUGCAUAGCCACUAGAGGUGUAGUUAACCCGCAAUGGUAAUCAUUGCAGUUUGUUAAAAACUACAAUAAUUACUUUUGAAGGGUUAAGGGCCCUGGGGCAGUGCAUACAAACCACUUUAAUGAGCUGAAGUGGUCUGGGUGCCUAUAGUGUUCCUUUAAGUUAAAGCAGACGCACAGUGAGAAAUUUAGAGAAUGGAAACAGCCUGGGGAGACAUUUAGGGAAAGGAUACAGAGACUGUUGAGAUAUUUAGGAAACAGAGACUGGGAGACAUUUAGGACAGAGACAUAGUAAGCACACAUUGAGAGAGAAAAAAAGACACUUACUAACACACACACUGGCAUACACAGUGUCACUUACACACUCUCACUAACACACACACUAUCACUGACAUACACACACAGUGUCACUUGCACACUCUCACUAACACACACAGUGUCACUUACACACGCUCACUGACAUACACACUAUCACUGACAUACACACAGUGUCACUUGCACACUCUCACUAACACACACAGUGUAAAUUACAUACUCUCACUAACACACACAGUGUAAUUUACACACUCUCUCUCUCACACACACACACACACACACACACGUACACACUCUCACAAACACACACACACUGUCACUCAAACACAAGCUCAAACCACUACAUAAAGUCACACUUUGUUUACACACAGAAAUAUUUAACACACACACACACACACACACACACAAACACACCAAUUUACAACCAUUCAUACAAUAAACAAUCCCCUGUUAGCCUAUGUGGGUGCUGUGAAGAGGAGAAGAGGUCAAGACUGCAGGAAGUUUUUCUUUUUGUUAGGGGAGCCGUGCACUGUGUGCACCAGCUGCUUCCUGUUCCCCUCAGAGUGCUUCCCUUGUUUACAGGCAGGGGGCAGCCAGGAAACCAAGUCACAUCUCGGCUUCCCUUGCCUGCUGGAAGCAGUGUGCUCUGCUUGGGUGCUGGGGUUGCAGCAAACCCCGUUCCCUGAGCAGGCAAACGGCGGAGGGGAACCCAGCAGCUGAAUGGCUGCGUUGGGGGGUGGCUAAAGAAACUUCCUGGUGGGUGCCCCCUGCAGGUCAGCACCCCAGGCGAAUGCCUUAUUUGCCUUAUUGUAGCGCUGGCCCUGCCUUUAUGACCCUUUCUUGAAAAGAGGAUCUGAUUGAAAUAUCAUAAAACCUACACACAAAUGCCAUUUCAGAGGCAUCUUAACGAGAACCCUUUGUUGGUGAUUUGCUGCCAAUUUUAGAUAUCGAGCACUUAUGCUCACUUGUUUUUUCUAUAUCUUAUAGCCUGCGAUUGUAAUUUCCCAGGAAUCAGUAAAUAAAGUUUUUUUUCAUUUUACGUAUAUUUUUAGCUCUCCAUUAUCUCGGUUUCCUUUGGUCUAACUCUCCCAUGCUGUAUGUUUGCAAUUAAUAUAUAUAGAAUUCCUGCUUCCAUCGAAUACAAAUAAACAGUAUUAACCCUUGGUAUGUUAGACAAAAGUGUGUGCCAUUUGCAACAACAGCACAGGGAAGGUUAAAUAAUAAAGAAUAAUAACAACCUGUAUUAAUGGUGGUUAACCUUUCAUAGUCUAGUUAUUGCAGAUUGUAUUUCACAUAAAGCUCAGCCAGCCAACGCCAAAGGUUAGUCAUAGUUGCUCUAAAUACAUUGUCACAUACUUAUUCUAUAUCUUGGUUUUUAUAUAUUUAACAUGUUUUGAUAGAUUUUCAUAUUCAGAUUAUUACAAUGAUUGGUUUUAUAUUUGUUAUUCCUUUAAUUCUGUAAUUGUUUUGAAGAUUCUAUCUGUUACUGUUAAAAUGGGCUUAUUUCCUUAUGGCGCUGAUGAGGUUAAGCCAGCAUGAACUAAGCAGACGAUAUGUAAAAUCUCAUUUCACAUCUGAUACGUGGGUGUCUCCGAGCAGGCCAAAUUAACGUGCCAUGUUUCUCUGUUAUAUUCAGUUUUGUUUUCUUCUGCAGCAGUCUGUGAUAGCAAAAAGAUCUUCAAUGACUUCAUUAAUAACACUAUAUCAGGUUGCUCUCAAACUGUAACAAACUACAGUUCCCCUGAUCCUCAGUUAUCUUUUAUUAAUGAUAAUGCACAAUUAUAUCAGUAAUUUUCAUAAUGUAACCUCUUGUAGAAGACUUCACUCCUAGAACGAUGGCCUGCCUAGAAAAAUGCAGAAUAGAAAAAUAAAGUAUAAAAAUAAAUAUUCCAGGACUUGGAAUGGCCAGACUAAAUGUUCUAAAUGUAAAGAGAUUCUCUGUUUCAAAUGCCCUAAAAGAGUGAGUAUAGUUAAAAACCAGGCCCGAAUAAAGGAAACUAGAUGUAUUCAAAGUCAAAUAAUGCGAUCUGAUGGUUCAAUAAGCCAAACAAGUUAGCCAUACAACGUUAGGUUAUAUAUUAAAGCAAUAAUACACAUUAUAAUGCACUAUAAGACUAUAAUGAAACUUGAGAGGCCACAGUCUGUUUACCAGACAGCCACUAGAGGCGCUUCGUGCAGUUUCACUGAGUCUUAUUCACGCUUUGCAUGAGGACACCCAACGUUUUCAAAAUCCACAUAGUGAAGCAUUGAGUACAUGCUUUCCUUUGGGGAAGGCCUAAUACGCACACGGCAUUUGCUGUGCAUUCGCAUUAGGUUCCCCCAGUCAGUUGACAUAGGCCUCAGUUGACGAGGAGCUCGGCCCAGUGCAGAGGAACAUCGCACUGGAAUCAGCAAGUGUAUAAAGGGUUAUUUUACUCUUUAUAUCGCCCGGGAGGGGGGAAAGGGGGGUGCAAGGGAGCGGGAGGCAGAAGGUUCAAGUAGUGUUAAGAAUACAUCUUUCUCUCCUAACACUAUAGUGCUCUUUUAAAUAAUUAUAACAGAUAAAUAAGCUUUAUGCUGUUAUGUGGACAUUAGACGAAGCUUGUCAGUGAGUGUUGGCAUCUCAGGAUGAGGUUGGGUGCUUGCCGUGAUUUAAGUAAUCUUGUAAACUCCGUUGAAGGGGAAUUGUUUGGCUUGCUUUGCCGUUAACACUUAAGCUAUAAGACGGCCAAUAAAGUGUGGCAAUUCUUCAGGUAUACGAGAGUCCAUAACUCCUCUGAUUUUAAUGUUCUUCCAUCUGUCCUUUUCAUCCAAGUGGUCGACACGUAGAGAAAGGGUAGAGUGGGAUGUUUUCAAUUCAUGAACUUUUUCCUCAAACGCCAUCAUUCUUUGCUUUAUAUCUAGGAAGUUUUCUUCUGUGGCUUGAACAUGAAUUUUUCAGUGCCCGUAUUUUAGUUUUCACAGCUGCCAAGUUGGCUGCAAACAGUUUCUAAAUGUUCUCAUACAAUCAGUUAAUGUCCUGCCUUGUGGCCAGGGUGUUGUCUCCAUAGCCAUUGAUACCUCUUCUGUCAUUAUUGGUAUAAUAGGGUCCUGUGUGGACUCCAUAACAUUAUCCUCAACUGGUGGUCCGCAGGCUUCAGAGACCCGCGCAAGCAUUAACGUUCAACAAGAUGUGUCUUGGAACAUCAGACCGAUAUCAUGGGUCUUUUUUGGUGCUGGAAUUUCUUGCCCCAUCACCUCUGCCUCGGUGGGCCAAUAUCCUGGGCCUGCAGGUGCGUUUUCCCUCUGCAUGGUUUGGCCUCUGGAUGACUUCUGCUUCCUUGGUGCUGCAUGUACAGUAAGCCCAAGGGGUCCGACGACAAUUCCCAGCUGCCAGGGAAUAGAAGAAAUGCACUUAUGCGGUAAGCCAACCCAGAGGCACUCCCUUUGUUUUCCAGGGUGUAUGCAGAGGCUGAUAAGCGAAAUCUGGUAGAUCUUUAUUGUGAAGCUUGCAGCCGAGUUAUAUGGCACCCAUGCUGGUGUGCUGCUGGGCUCCACCCCCUUUACGGUAGCACUUUUAACAUUCUCUUCAGACUUGGUGAACAACUGCUAUGAGCCUCUUCCCAAAGAAUAAUUUGUUUUCUUUUAGCUGGUAUUAGCAUAGCUGGCCAAUCAGGUUUGGGUCUGACCAGACUAAAACCAAAAGCCACAUCAGAUGGAAUUUUCAAUUUGUAUUGUGCAUUCAUAGUAUGUGUAAAGCAUGGCAUGUGGUUUUGUUUAAACAAAACCUAACCAGAAAUCUGGCAUAGCCCAGACUCAUCCUUUUAUAGCUAAACCACCCAAAAGAAUGCGAACAUCCGUCAGUGUUUAACGGUUUAUAUCAAUACUGUACUAAUUUACAGUUAAACCAAGACAUCAGAUAAGAUAUAAACACCCACCUAUAUUGUUAUUCCAGCCUAUAACUUUAUAGGGUGCUAGCUGUCUUUCUGCUAAAUAGCCACUGUCCCAAUCCUGUAUCAAUCCUCACUGUCCCCAAUCCUGUAUCAAUCCUCACUGUCCCAAUCCUGUAUCAAUCCUCACUGUUCCAAUCCUGUAUCAAUCCUCACUGUCCCCAAUCCUGUAUCAAUCCUCACUGUUCCCAAUCCUGUAUCAAUCCUCACUGUUCCCAAUCCUGUAUCAAUCCUCACUGUCCCAAUCCUGUAUCAAUCCUCACUGUCCCAAUCCUGCAUCUAUCCUCACUGUCCCAAUCCUGUAUCAAUCCUCACUGUCCCAAUCCUGUAUCAAUCCUCACUGUCCCCAAUCCUGUAUCAAUCCUCACUGUUCCAAUCCUGUAUCAAUCCUCACUGUUCCCAAUCCUGUAUCAAUCCUCACUGUCCCAAUCCUGUAUCAAUCCUCACUGUCCCAAUCCUGUAUCAAUCCUCACUGUCCCCAAUCCUGUAUCAAUCCUCACUGUCCCCAAUCCUGUAUCAAUCCUCACUGUUCCCAAUCCUGUAUCAAUCCUCACUGUUCCCAAUCCUGUAUCAAUCCUCACUGUCCCAAUCCUGUAUCAAUCCUCACUGUUCCCAAUCCUGUAUCAAUCCUCACUGUCCCAAUCCUGUAUCAAUCCUCACUGUCCCAAUCCUGUAUCAAUCCUCACUGUUCCCAAUCCUGUAUCAAUCCUCACUGUCCCAAUCCUGCAGCAAUCCUCACUGUUCCCAAUCCUGUAUCAAUCCUCACUGUUCCCAAUCCUGUAUCAAUCCUCACUGUCCCCAAUCCUGUAUCAAUCCUCACUGUCCCAAUCCUGUAUCAAUCCUCACUGUUCCAAUCCUGUAUCAAUCCUCACUGUUCCCAAUCCUGUAUCAUUCCUCACUGUUCCCAAUCCUGUAUCAAUCCUCACUGUUCCCAAUCCUGUAUCAAUCCUCACUGUUCCAAUCCUGUAUCAAUCCUCACUGUUCCCAAUCCUGUAUCAUUCCUCACUGUCCCAAUCCUGCAUCUAUCCUCACUGUUCCCAAUCCUGUAUCAAUCCUCACUGUUCCAAUCCUGUAUCGAUCCUCACUGUUCCCAAUCCUGUAUCAUUCCUCACUGUCCCAAUCCUGCAUCUAUCCUCACUGUUCCCAAUCCUGCAUCUAUCCUCACUGUUCCCAAUCCUGUAUCAAUCCUCACUGUCCCAAUCCUGUAUCAAUCCUCACUGUUCCCAAUCCUGCAUCUAUCCUCACUGUUCCCAAUCCUGUAUCAAUCCUCACUGUCCCAAUCCUGUAUCAAUCCUCACUGUUCCAAUCCUGCAUCUAUCCUCACUGUUCCCAAUCCUGUAUCAAUCCUCACUGUUCCCAAUCCUGUAUCAAUCCUCACUGUCCCAAUCCUGUAUCAAUCCUCACUGUCCCCAAUCCUGUAUCAAUGCUCACUGUUCCCAAUCCUGUAUCAAUCCUCACUGUCCCAAUCCUGUAUCAAUCCUCACUGUCCCAAUCCUGUAUCAAUCCUCACUGUCCCAAUCCUGCAUCUAUCCUCACUGUUCCCAAUCCUGUAUCAAUCCUCACUGUUCCCAAUCCUGUAUCAAUCCUCACUGUCCCAAUCCUGUAUCAAUCCUCACUGUCCCCAAUCCUGCAUCAAUGCUCACUGUUCCCAAUCCUGUAUCAAUCCUCACUGUCCCAAUCCUGUAUCAAUCCUCACUGUCCCAAUCCUGUAUCAUUCCUCACUGUCCCAAUCCUGCAUCUAUCCUCACUGUUCCCAAUCCUGUAUCAAUCCUCACUGUUCCCAAUCCUGUAUCAAUCCUCACUGUUCCAAUCCUGUAUCAAUCCUCACUGUUCCCAAUCCUGUAUCAAUCCUCACUGUUCCAAUCCUGUAUCAAUCCUCACUGUUCCCAAUCCUGUAUCAGUCCUCACUGUUCCCAAUCCUGUAUCAGUCCUCACUGUUCUCAAAGAAUUGUUUAGAUUUUUUAUCAAAGUACAUAUGAAGUAGUAGACAUCUGUGUGGAAUCCACUUAUUCCUGCCUGAUUAUGAAUGCAGUAUUAACUUUUAGUAUGCUUGCUCUUGAAACAAUAUCAAGUUAUUUCCAAAUAAAAGCAUACAAAGUCACAGUUACAAAAAUAUUAAGGUUGAUAAAAUCAGACAAGUUUAACAUUAGAUGAUGCCACUAUAAACACCCUUAAAUAUUGUUUUAUUAUAAUUUCUAUCUGUAUGGUUCUAACAUUAUGGCAUUGUUUUAUUUUGCAUUCUACUGUUUUUUUUAUUUUUGGCUUUAUGUAGCAAUGCAAAGCAGGUGUUGUCACGGGGUACAGUGCUAAAUAAGGAGCAGUCACCAUGGAAACCAGUAGACCUACCUUUCGACAUUCAAAGGGACUAUCCAGUGCCAGGAAAACAUAUCUGUUUUCCUGGCACUGCAGGACCCUGCAGUGCCCCCCUCCUUCCCACUCCCUAUACCAUGUUGCUCUGCCCACGCUCCUCCCCCGCCGGCGGGGGAGACAUAAUGCGCAUGCGCUGCAGUGUCCGCAGACGCGCAUUAGAUCUCCCCAAAGGAAAGCAUUAUUAAGUGCUUUCCAAUGGGGAUUCCAGCGACGUUGGAGGUCCUCAUGCAUAGCGUGAGGAUGUCCAGUGUUGUUUAAAACACCUUUUGUGUUCUAAGAAGUUCUAAGAACACGGAAGUCCCUCUAGUGGCUGUCUGACAGACAGCCACCAGAGUAGGACUUAACCCUGCAAGGUAAUUAUUGCAGUUUAGAAAAACUGCAAUAAUUACACUUGCAAGGUUAAGGGUGGUGGGAGUUGGCACCCAAACCACUCCAAUGGGCAGAAGUUGUCUGGUUGCCUGGAGUGUCCCUUUAAGUAAAACAGCACCUGCAUUGAUUUAUUAAAUCUCCCCCUAUAUGCUAUAAAUGGAAUGGAAAUGACACGGACAAGAAUUGUUCACACUUUGCCCUCCAGCUGUUCUUGGACUGUAAUUCAUGGAAUAAUCUAGUAGAGAAUUCUGGAAAAAAGUGGUUUAACAGAUGGAGUUUAAGGUUGGACACCCCUCCUUAGCUGAAUCUCUUGUGGAACUUCAUCAACACUCCAUUGUAGUAAAGUAAACUUAUAAAAUGAAUCCUUUUUUCCCUCGUGAAUUUAUUUGCUAGUUUUAGGUUCUCCCAAUAUGUUUAUUUACUAAAUUACGGUAUUUAUGCUCUACCACCAGUGCUUUGGAAGAACGAUUUGGGGCAUUAAAACUUGAAUAUGACUAAUUAAAACAUGUUUACCCAUAGUUCCAAAUCAACUGUCAUAGAUAAGUCAUAGAUUUAGAUUGUAAGCUCCUUUGAGCAGGACUCACACAGCUGCUCACUUUUGUAAGUGGAUAUUUGUGUAAAGAUUCUAAUAUGAGAAAUAUGCUAUUUCUAUUUCCUUUUUAAUUUUAAUUCUUUCUGAGGAACAUGAAGUUUUUGCCAAUCGAGAUUUUCGUCCCUUGAGUAUUAUCUUUGGUUACAUAGAUGUAAGGAUUGAUUGGCUGAACAUAGUGCUAUGAGUUUAAACAGAAUGUUCAGCCACUUCCAUUGACCAGGAAACCAGGAAACAGGGGAAUAGUCAUCUCUUCCUUUUCCUAAACAUUCCACAAGCACAACAUUUAUACCAAAAAGCUCUCAUGGAAUGGGGGCUGGGAGGCUGAUUUAAGGAAUGUGCUGCCAGCUGGGUUUUGAUCUUUUCUAUAACUCCACAGCCUAGACACACAAUAACUACAAAUGUUGUCCUUAUUAUUCCUCGGAAAAUAGUAACCAGAAAAGGCAACAAGUGACAAACCUACUUUAAGUAGGUAGUAUUGAAAGAAAAAAGUAACAGAAAAAUAUUUUUGAGUAAAUUGUCAGCUACGUUUAGAUGUAACAUCUAUUUAUCAUAAGGCAUUCAAAACGCCCAGCUUUGUAUGUAGAGCAAAUGUGGAGUGAUGACGUUUGACAUUUCAGUUAUUAUGGGCUUGUGGGUAGGUAGUUCAAUCUGAGAAACACUCUAAGCAGGCAAUGAGUGGAGUUAUGUUUGAGUGGUUUAAGAAAAAACGGGGGAUUGUCUUGCACCCUAACCUCACUACCUGUUCUGUAGUCAGCAUAUUGAAGAAGUUCACUUCUUCAUUAUCUCAUUAUCCAUCCAAAUGCAUGCUCAUUUGUCACAAUAUAUAACCGCAUAUCUUGGUGAUGCCGAAUUUCAGUGCUCAAGAUGAAUGUGCACCGAAAAAUACUAUAUAUUUUUGAAAGAAUCCUGCUACACAUAUCCAGAGCGUUCUUCACAUUCCUCAGGUCGAUGGUGAUAGCAUACGUGUGGAGAGGGGAAAAACCAUGGGUAAAACAUGACACCCUGUGCCUACUAAGGGAUGGGUGGGCUGGCACUACCAAACUUCUGGAAAUAUUGCCAAAUUACAUGUCUCCAGAGGAUUCUGGAAUGGCACGCCACGACAGGUAAAAUAGUGGUUGGGACUGGGGUGGACAGGAUAAGAGGGCACAUUACCUUCUCCGGUUUGGAACACCGAUACGUGGAUUCCGGCCUGUAUCUCUCCAGGGUCACCAGCCGCACAGACUCUAUAAACCUGAUUCGCAGUGCAUGGAGCCUCUCAGGUGUCCCCAAGCCUGCAAUUGCCACUAACUCACAACUGGAACCUUGCAGGUGACCUUACUGGAGAUGGCCGGCAUUCUUGGGGGUUAGUGAAUAUUCCUCUUCAAGGUGUGCUGAGAUAGAGCGGUCUCAAUCUUAUACCUGCACUACUGACGGGACAAAGGAGACACACAUAUAUUAAAAUCGGACUUGGAAUUUCACAGACAGACAAUGGGACAAGGUACUCAUCCUACAUCACAAAAGCUUGCAUAGUGCAAAAUACUGGGAAGUCAAUUACAAAUUCUUGUUCAUGUGGUACAAAACCCCUGCCUACCUUCAUAGCAUUUUCCCCAUGGUGCUACCAGAGUGCUGAAGGCAGUGGCACUGUGACUUUAAAACACAUAUGGUGGGACUGCACACGCAUCACCACAUUUGAAACAGGGAUACACUAACUGACAUAUCUGAAGCAUUCGAAAAUAUGCUCCUGCACAUGACCCCCUUGCCAAUUUAAAAAAUAAAUAAAUAAAUCAAUCGUCUUGUGCCUGCACUCUGGAAGAGCCCAGAGACGCCCACAAAAGAUCAAUGGUUCAAAACGGUAGAAGAAAUCCAGGCAGCCAAGGCCCUAACAGCAUCCAUGAUGGGACAAAGUGUGAAGCACACUGAGCGCUGUUCCCCUGGAUUGAUUAAAUCUCUUGGAGAGAGAGAUAGUGGAUGGGGAUUGUGAGCAGGUGAGGACACGAGCCAGCCUGAGGGAUCAACCUCUAUCUUUACCCUCAUUUUCUUGUCACAUUUUUUUGUCUUAAUCUUUUACACUUCUUCUCUUACGCUACUCUCUUCUAACCCCUUCCCUGCAUAUACCAGGCAUCACGAAUGUUCAACGGCUCAUCCUGUAGAAACACAACACCGGUGGCCCUAGUAUGGAUGGGAUACUGGAUGAUACACAAUACGCAAAUUAGCCCUUGUGAACAGAUAAGACUGCAUGCAUUGAAGGUGUUCAUUUUCUUGGUUUUUGGAAAUGUUAAUACCCUAAUGUUGAGCAGUGCUGACUAUACGUAAUGAGAGUUAUAUUGAAGGAGGGAUUUACUGUGAUAAAGAUGUUGAUACGGGUAGGCCAGAGAGAGUAGUUAGUGGGAGCUCGGGCUGUGGAAGAGGAUAAUGGGGACCCCAGGUUAUUUGAAACUUAAACUAGCUAUGGACUCAUACACUGAUCAGCCACACAUUAAAACCAUUGACAGGUGAAGUGAUUGAUAUUGAUUAUAUCGUUACAAUGGCACCUGUCAAGGGGUGAUAUAUUUAAGCAGCAAGUGAACAGUCAGAUCUUGAUGUUAAUGUGUUGGAAGCAGGAAAAUAGACAAGCAAGUGAAAAGAUCGGAGUGACUUUGACAAGUGCCAAAUAGUAAUGGCUAGCCAACUUAGUCAGAGCAUCUCCAAAACGGCAAGUCUCGUGGGAUGUUCUCAGUGUGUAGUGGUUAUACCUGCCAAAAGUGUUGCAAGGAAGGACAACUGGUGAACCAGCGUCAGGGUCAUGGGCACCCAAGUUUCAUUGAUGUGCAUGUUUGGAGCGAAGGCUUCUGUAACUAAAAUUGCUGAGAAGAUCUUAAGGAAGACCCGAAUGGGUAGAAACGUCGAUCAUAUUAUGGUAUACCUUUUGAUGGAUUAAAUACUUUUCUACUGUUUGAAAGACCGGAGAGUGCAUCCUUUCUUUAUACAUAUUGUAUAUAACUUCAGCGUGGGAGUGCACCAGGGCAUCUAACUAAUUACUGUGUCACCAGCAAGGGUGAUUGCCAUUAUACUUAUAUUAUACAUAUAUAUAUUAUCCAUAACACAGGACAGUAUGUUUAUGUGCUGCAAAACAAUAUGAUGAAGUUAAGUGUCCAGGAAUAUAUGGUGGAUAUGGCAACCCUAGAUAUAUAUAACCAUUGUACCUUAGUAGUUUCAUGGGUCAGUUCGUCAUUAACAUUGAGUAUAUCAAUGUAGAUACAUUUCAGGUGGAGUUUAAGGGCAAAAGGUUUAUUAUUCUAUUUUUAUGUCCUAUUUAUAAAUGUCUUGGGCGUUUUAAAACAUGUGGACAGUGUCAUCGUGAAUCUGUCAUCAUUUGGAAUCUGCAGGAGGAUUACCUCCUAAAAUGCACAAACCAUAUUUCAGACCAAGUGUUUACAUAUGUUGUACAUGUGUGUUAUUAUUUAAAGGGGCGCUACCAUAACAGUUCCUUUUUUUUUUUAAAGAUAUACAUUUUUUAUUGAUAUUUGUUAUAAAAUCAUACGGAAAUAAAAAUUUACAUUUGUAACAAAAGUUGCAUAAACAAGUACUUGACAGUAAGAACAAUCUACAUUACAGUAAGAGAUUUUAUAUAAGUAUACUAUAGAUGUGAAAAAUGAUAAAUAUUUUAUUUUCCUAGCAGUUGUUUGUGUUUAGAUCUCUUUAGGUCUUUUUUUUACUUUGGUAAAAAAAUAAUAAUAUAGUUUUCAUGCUGCAGAUGGUUUGAUACCGGUGCCAUUGAUUUUAGGAGGGGGUUGGCUGACAUACACAAACAGAGAUAUUCACUAAAGUGUGGAAUUUCCUGGAAUUUAAAGUAAAUUAAAUAUUAAAGUGACAUUCCAGGAACUAUAACAAGUUAAUCUCAAUUAAGUUGUUGUGGGGCCAGGAGGUCCCAGGCGCCAUCUUUCCUUAAUUGGCUAAACUCUUUGAGAACAAUUGAAACCCCAAUUUGUGAAGAUGGUCCUCUGCCCAGCUCCUUCUGUGAAUUGUCCAACACUUCUCGGACUGGGAACCAUUGAUGUGCAGAGAGAAUCAGCUGAUGCUCUCAGCCAGUCACCAGCUCCCAAUUCUUAAAUCUGAGUGAAACUUUUUUCCUCGGACAGAAUAGGCACCGCCCAUGCAAGUUUGCGGUUUAAUUCCUUAUGCUAAGACAGUGCCCGAGACUUCUUGGCACUAUAACAAGUUCUUUGAGAUGAAGUUAUUAUGGUGCCCAGAGUGGUACUUUAAUCUAGAAAAUGUGUACAAAAUAGUCACACAGCUAAUGGUGAAAAUUUUUCCAAUCUGACUAUUUUAGGCUAACAUUUUAAAUUGAAAAACGAGAACGUGCUGGGAUGUGAUAACAUCAGAACUGUGUACAAACAUUUAACAAAAUACUCAAAACUAAAAAAUGGUGAUUGUGUUAUAUAAAACUAACUAACAUAACAAAAUAAGUAAAAAAAAAAAUCUUUUCAAAGGGAGGCAAGGUGGGCAGGACACCUAAAUAAUGAUUAUGCCACUAUAGUGACAGAAAUACAUGUUUGUGUUCCUGACACUAUAGUGUUCCUCCUUCUAAUAUAAAAUGAAAGAACCAAUUGCAUAGACAAAACAUCAAACAAGCAAUUCACUCUUCGUUUCAUUCAUUGUAUACGAAUAGCCGAAGUUUGGACGAAAAUGUGUUUAUCCGAAAACGAACGCCCAAGUUUUCCAAAUAUCAUGAAAUUACCGUGUCAUUUGAUAAAUAGAUUUUAAACAAAUAUAUAUUCAAAUGUAAUUUUUGAGUAUAUUGUUAACAUGCCUGCACAAACUAUUUCUAUUUCAUAGUUCCACUUGCUUCUCCGGAGAGCAAAGGAAAGUUUCCACAGGUAUUGCUGGAGCAGACGUCAUUUAAACAUCAGUAUAACUCAAGAACAACACCAAAUGAACCAAUUCGUGGAAAGGUAAGAAAAUUAGAUCACAUACGUGUAGAGGUGUCUGGGUUUCUGGUUCCUUCAAGGUGUCCUGCGUACAUCAUAAAGCAUGACAUUGAAUGUCUCCAGAACUCCAAAAUAUAAUUAUUUCCCAAAAAUAAUCCAAAGCACAUAUUCACUCAUACUGACUACAUCCCCAUUCAUUUUGCUUAAGUCAGGUGUCUUUAAAAAAACUAAACGAAGAUUACAUUUUGUGAGCCUUGAAGCUGGUGUUUAGUGAGUUGGUGCUCUGGAUUCUGGAUGUUGGAAGUGUGAGUAAUUCCCUGCAUGUGUGUAUCCAUGUAUACAUGAAUGUGCGCUUGUAUGUAUGUAUCUGUGAGUGAGUGUUAAUGUAAGUGUUUAUGUGCCUGUAUGUGUGUAUUUGCCUGUAUACUGCAUGUGUGUCCUUGUACGUGUGCAUCUGUGUGUAUGCCUGUAUGCAUGUAUCUGUAUAAGUAAAGUUAAUGCACCAGGUGCGAGGUUGUUUUUUUUUUAAUGUAUUGGAUCAAUGCUGGAUUAACGCUUCAGGUAUGGGGACAAUGUUGCAGGCACUGGGUUAGUGCUGUGGUUGUCUGUGUGUAUAGGAGUGUGUCUGGGAGUACAGACAUGUGUGUGGAAGUAUGGAUCUGUGUGUGUGCCAAAAUGAUCUAGGGGGAGGGCUGGCAAGUGCCUUCCCAAGAAGCCAAGCAAUGGCAUGCUUCUCAGCCCGCCACUGAUAUCGAAGAGGAGGAGUGAGAACUUGGUCUGUACUUCCAUGCCAAGUUCUCUGGUCCUUCUACUGUAUCAAAGCGUUACUGUGGCAACAUUCUAAUACAUGUCCCAGCACCAGAUGGAAGAAGCUUGCUGCCCCGGCAGGGUAUGCAGACAAGUUGCAUUUCCCAAAGGACCACCAGGGAUCAGGAUUCAACCUUCUCAGCCGGGCAAAAGAUAAGCCUCUGGGAGUGGGGAAGAAACUUUGUUUUGUGCUUUAAUUAAAAAUAUAUUUUGUAUACUUGCCCCUCAGUCUUUAUCACGUCACUAGAUCCCCUAACCCUCACUACUGGCUCUAACCUCCAUUACUGCCCCUAACCCCCCUCCUGCAGUUUCUAACACCCACACUACUUCUCCUAACCCCCCCCACUACAGCUCCAAAACCCCACUUCAGCCUUUUACCCCCAACUACUUCUAACCUCCACUACCCCUACCCCCCACUACUGACUCUACCCCCCCACAACACCUUCUGAAUCCCCCACUAGAGCUUCUAUCCCCACUAUAGCUACUUAACCCCCACUAAAGCUCCUAACCCCCCACUACAGCCUCUAACCCCCACUACUACCUCUAACCCCCACCACCGCCUCUUAACCCCCACUACUAAUACAUACAACCCUGCCUUGAGCAAUAUUAUACAAAGUUCGUAAUGGGAAAUGGGUGGGAAGCAAUGAGAGCCCUGCACAUAAAGCUUACAUAUCCUUUUUUUUAUACCACAAUGACUUGCAAAGAAUUCUGGGAAAUGUAGUUGAAUGGUAUGUGAAGAACCAAGGAUGUACAAGGAUGUUUAUGAAAGAAAAUAGUGAGACAAAAAAAGGUUUAUCAACAAAAGCAGCAAUUGUGGGGAAAUUCAGCAAAAAGAAAUGCAUUGCAGAGAUGUAUUGUAUCUGAUUUUGUUCUGUCGUUGCUGCAUUUAUUUGUACUACACUAUAGAAUGUUCUGGUGCUUUCUGAAUAAAUAUUACAAUUAUUUAUUAAUACUAUUUAGCACAAAGUAAAGUUACAGACAGGUCAUUGUUUAGAGAUUCUCAGAUCUUCAUCUGUCCGUCCCGUUGCCAAUGAAGAGGCAGAUUACUGAGUCGAUUUUUUAAUUAAUUUUUUUGCUAGAUAGCUAUUAAGUGGAUAGAUGAAUGCAGUCUGCAGCUGCUCUCUGCUAAAUGUCAACUGUGUUUCCUUUUCCAGCUUCAUGGAGCCUUUGUGUGGAAGGAGAUAAAAACAGAGACCAAGCCCUGUGUUCCUCAGGGAACCAAACCGUUCCCAAAUGUUACAGGGUCACACUCACUUCACCAGGCACAAAUACAGAACGGAAGUGCAGUGGAAAGCAGUAUGACCUCACCCAGUCUCCGCAAGCAAGGUUCCCAGCAGAUGUUUAACUCUAAAACCGACUUAUCAAAAACAGACUUCCGAGAGACAGCUACAGUGUUUCCCAGAAUUCCAUCCACACAUUCACUCUCAGACAGUAUACAGCCUACCAGGAGUGGGACUUGUAUUCCCACUGGUGGAAUACUAUCAAGCCAGUCAUGUGUGAAGCCCAUGCAAUUAGCCCACUAGCACAAUGUUUUAAUAUUUCCUCCCAGCCAGACUACGACAUGUAUUGGGCUUUCGCUGCAACCAGCACGGAGCACACAUCGGCUUAUAAUUACAUCAAUAGUUGCAAGCAUCAGCUGAGACCAGGCAAAUGACCUUCCCCUGUUAUCCUGACCCUCUCCUUUUUUUAAAAGCUAGUCGUAUCAGUUAAAUAAGUCAAAUGCAUUGCAAAAAGCACUUGUCUUGGAGUGUGUGUUUUUUAUUAUUAAUAUAAGACAGUGGUGACUAACCAUUACACUCCAAGAUGUUUCAAAACCACAUUUUUCAUUGGGAAAGAGAGUUUAGGAAAGUUUGGGUGCGAGAGUUAUCCUGUAUCUUAUUAUAAUUUGCUAUGAUCAGAUCUAUAGAAUUUUCAUGUUUAUAAUUUUGAUUCAAUAAUAGUAAAAAAAAAUAUUUAUUUAUAUGUCUUGC